AUGAAACAUUCUUGUCGCCAGCGGUUGGAGCCAGCACUGUACGCGCACACUGAGCUGUCGAAUGUUUCUGCUGACACGAACACAUUUCCGGAUCUUUUCCUUGUUCUGCUUUCAACUUCCACGGAAUCUGCUCGUUAUUGUAUUAUAGAUGAAGUGAGCUUCAUCGUACAGGACGCUGUACGAACGGUUCUUGAAGGGAAUGUGUACGACAAUACGAAGGCUAAUGAAUGGGUGAACUUGGUGACAACUGCGUGUAUUGCAGACUUGAAGCGUCUUUGUCCGAAUUUCAAGUACAUUGUAUCGUGUUUUAUUCGACAACGUAAAGGUGCAGGACUCGAAAUCGGCAGUUGCACGUAUUGGGACGAUAGAUCGGAUGGCUCUUGUACUGUGCUGUGGGAGAAUGCUACCAUUACUACGGUCCUUUAUGUCUACGGCUUAGCAAUAUAA